GGGGUUGGAUCAUGGCUAAAUAUCUUCUGGAGAAAUGGAUGUUAUGUUUCUUAGGGUACUCAGCUCUCUCUAAGUUGGUUGAUUAGAUCACUAGUGCCCACUCCAGAGACUGCAAUGGGAAGCAGUUCACUGGUCGCCGCUGUUGCAAAGAGAUUGGAAGGAAAAGUGGCUUUGAUUACGGGUGGAGCCGGUGGCCUUGGAUCCAGCACAGCGAAACUAUUCUGUCAACGAGGUGCCAAAAUCUUGAUUGCUGACGUCCAAGAUGGUAAUGGCCACCUCAUCUGCGAGGAAUUAGGCCACGCCAACGCUUCCUUCAUCCAUUGCGAUGUCACAAGUGAAGUGGAUGUUCAAAAUGCAGUUGACAAAGCUGUUGUCAAGCAUGGGAAGCUCGAUAUAAUGGUGAACAAUGCCGGCAUCAUGGGAAGCAACAAAACAGACAUUCUGGAUAAUGGUCAAGCCGAGUUUGAACACGUUUAUCGUGUUAACGUUACUGGUACAUUUUUGGGCAUCAAGCACGCAGCUCGUGUCAUGAAAGCAAACCGUGGGGGAAGCAUAAUUAACAUGGCUAGCGUUUGUUCAGUAAUUGGUGGAGUUGCUACGCAUGCCUACACAAGUUCUAAGCAUGCCGUGCUUGGCCUCACGAGGAACACGGCUCUUGAAUUAGGGCAAUUUGGCAUUCGGGUUAAUUGUGUUUCGCCUUAUGCUGUUCCAACACCAAUGUCAAGGAAGUUGUACAAUUUAAAAGAUGAUGAUCCAUUUGAUGUUUAUUCAAACCUCAAAGGGGUAGCACUGAAGCCAGAGGAUGUGGCUCAGUCUGUUCUUUAUUUGGCAAGCGACGAGUCUAAGUAUGUAAGCGGGCACAAUCUGAUUGUGGAUGGAGGUUUUACAAUUGUGAAUACCGCUCUUACGAUGUUUGGUUGAGAAAAAUCUGGUGGUUGACACCUAAUCGAUUGUGGCAUAUUGAUAGAGCUACCAUGAAAAUUUUAAGGGCACAACCUGGUUAACUCUUAUUGUAGUUUAUUGGUGCACGAUCUCAGGUUGAAGCUUAUUUGAUGAAGUGUGUGUAAAGUAUGUGAUCAAAAAGUUGAAUGUUGUAGAUAUAUUUUACGAAUACCAUUAAAAAAAUUGUGUGUGAUAUGGGUGUGUGUUUAAGAAAAGCCAAU